CCAGCCCGCCCGGGCGCUCGCAGUCCUCGGGGCCAAGAGCUGCCCAGGCGAGCGAGAGCCCGAGGCUGGGCGCAAGGCGGGAGCCGCCGGCCCCUCGAGUCCCGCUCCGCUCCCGCCCGGCCCGGCGGGAGGGCCAUGCUCCGGGUUCUGGCAGAGGCGCGCAACCAGGCCCGGCGAUGAGGAGCGGCGCGGAGCGCAGGGGCAGCAGUGCCACUGCGCCCCCAGGGUCACCGCCCCCCGGCCGAGGGCGCCCCGCUGGACCCGACGCGCCCCCGGCCCUGCCGCCGCCCGCCGCUGGCCAGCCCCGGGCCCGGGACGCGGGCGAUGCCCGAGCGCAGCCGCGCCCCCUGUUUCCGUGGAGCAAGUGGAAGAAGAGGAUGUCCAUGUCGUCCAUAUCGGCGGCCACGGCGCGGAGGCCGGUGUUUGACGACAAGGAGGACGUGAACUUCGACCACUUCCAGAUCCUGCGUGCCAUCGGGAAGGGCAGCUUCGGCAAGGUGUGCAUUGUGCAGAAGCGGGACACGGAGAAGAUGUAUGCCAUGAAGUACAUGAACAAGCAGCAGUGCAUCGAGCGCGACGAGGUGCGCAACGUCUUCCGGGAGCUGGAGAUCCUGCAGGAGAUCGAGCACGUCUUCCUGGUGAACCUCUGGUACUCCUUCCAGGAUGAGGAGGACAUGUUCAUGGUGGUGGACCUGCUUCUAGGUGGGGACCUGCGCUACCACCUGCAGCAGAACGUCCAGUUCUCUGAGGACACGGUGAAGCUGUAUGUCUGUGAGAUGGCGCUGGCCCUUGAUUACCUGCGCAGUCAGCACAUCAUCCACAGGGACGUCAAGCCUGACAACAUCCUGCUGGAUGAGCAAGGGCACGCACACCUGACCGACUUCAACAUCGCCACCAUCAUAAAGGAUGGCGAGAGGGCGACAGCCUUAGCUGGCACCAAGCCCUACAUGGCUCCGGAGAUCUUCCACUCCUUCGUCAACGGUGGGACUGGCUAUUCCUUCGAGGUGGACUGGUGGUCAGUGGGGGUGAUGGCCUACGAGCUGCUGCGAGGAUGGCGACCCUAUGACAUCCACUCGAGCAACGCCGUGGAGUCGCUGGUGCAGCUGUUCAGCACCGUGAGUGUCCAGUACGCACCCACCUGGUCCAAGGAGAUGGUGGCCCUGCUUCGGAAGCUUCUCACGGUCAACCCCGAGCACCGGUUCUCCAGCCUCCAGGACAUGCAGGCAGCCCCGUCGCUGGCCAACGUGCUGUGGCAUGACCUGAGUGAGAAGAAGGUGGAGCCGGGAUUCGUGCCCAACAAGGGCCGCCUGCACUGCGACCCCACCUUUGAGCUAGAGGAGAUGAUCCUGGAGUCGCGGCCCCUGCACAAGAAGAAGAAGCGGCUGGCCAAGAACAGAUCUCGAGAUGGCAGCAGGGACAGCUCCCAGUCAGGCUGGCGUCAUCUCUGGGGUGCUGAAGUUUUUCACGGAACACCGGCCCAUCCUCCGUCCCCCUGUCCUGCUGAUGGCGCCCUGGAAUUGCAGCUCACACACCGCACAGUCCACCCGCUGGCGUGUCCAGUUCCGUGGUUGCUGCGUUUCUUGGGGUCUGCCCACCACCGCAGCAGGUGUCAGAACUUCUCCACAAGACAGAGUGGCUCCCAGUGCCUCCCCCUGCAGGGCCUGGUGUCCCCAGGCUGCUCUCUGCCUCUGGUGAGCUGCUCUCGUGGAGCUGGGCAGCCCGUGGUCUUUCGAGGUCGGCGUCUUUCACGUGGCACGGUGACCUCAGUUCAGCCAUGCCUUUCCACACAUCAGUCUGCAUCUCUCUGUUGCUGGAAGUCACAUCUUAUCUGUGGGCGGAUUGCAGUUCACGUGCCCGUUCGGCCGCUGGUGGGUGUCUAGGGGUUCCCGUGGCUGGGCCCCUGUGAACCGUGCUGCUCUGAACACACGUGUGCAAGUCCUCGCGUGGGCUCGAGCGCUCGCCUUCCCGGGUUGUGCCCAGGAGUGACGCUGUCGGGCCACCUGACGCUGCCGUGCCUCAGGUCUCAGGAACCACCACGCUGCCCCACGGCUGCACCGUUCUGAUUCCUGGUGGCAGUGUGAGGGCUCCACUCCUCACCCUGCUCUGGGUCGUCGCUUUAUGCAUGGUGCCGUGGCGCUGGCAGUGGGUGGCGGCUCGUGAGAUCUGCGGUCCCCGACCAGCAGUGAGCAGCGUCUUCUCUGGUGUUCCUUGGACACUUCCUCCAGGAGGCGUCUCCGGGUUCCUUUAAAGGGGGUUUUCUCCUGGAGGCCACCCGACGGCUUCUCUUACCUGGUGUAUUUCCGACCACUCACAGCGGGACGUGCGGAGCACUGAACUCCUGCCUGCUGUGUUUCUUUCUGUGGUAUGCGGCUUUCUUGUGUUAGUCCCUCCUUGUCCCUCUCGGUCUGCCCUCUCUGGUUUUCAUGAGGCACUGUACACGAUUCUGCUUCACCUUCUGCCUUAGUGCGUCGGUUUACUUCUUUUACAAAUGUGGUAGUGGUUGCAGAAUUUGCAAAGCACCGUUAUCUCCCUUCGGCCUCCAAGAAGCACUGCUCCCACCCGUGGAGGUGCCUCCGGUCUGCUUCUCCGUCCUGGUGACAUUGCUGCCAUGUACUGUCACAUUGUUGUCUUAAUAAUGAUCUUUCAGGUGGCUUAGGAAGGGAAACAGAAGGCCUUGCCUUCCCUCUGUGCCUCCCUGAGGCUGCCUUUCUGGUGUGGACCCACCUCUGGCCUGCCUACGUGCCCCCUGGGGAACUCCCCACGUUCCUAAGGAUAGAUGCUCUCCGUUGGUGCUCUGAGAAAGUCUCACUUUCCUUUGCAUUUGAAGGGUGAUGUCCCUGGAUUCAGGAUUCCAGGUCAGUGCGUUUUCUUUGGAUGCUUGGAGCCUCUCCACGCUCUUCUUUCUUGCAUAAUCCACAACAAGAAGUCUGAUGCAGCUCUUUGCUUUGCAUUAAGCAGGAUCUCCCCCGGCUACUCUCAGGACUGUUCUCAGUGGCCCUCUGCAGGUGGAUGUGCUGGGCCAGGCGUGGGCAGGCUCAGGUUCAUCCCGCACGGUGCUCUCUGAGCUUCUUGGAUCCCUGGUUUGGUGUCUCACUAAUUUUAGAAAAUUCUGAGCCAUUGUUGGGGCUUGGUUCACCUCUGGAUUUGGGGGUAGUGACAGCCCUUCAUCCCCUCUCUGGUGGGCCCAAGAAGAGUCGUGGCUCUUGCAUCUGAUCAUCCUUUUCUAGCUGUGAGUGUGGGAGAGGCAGAGCCACAGUUCUGUUGACCCCUGUUUCUUUGCAGGGUCGUUCACUUACGCAUUCUUGAUGCCAGUGCCUUGUCGGGGGUCUGCAGUCUGGUGCUCGGUUCUGCGGCCCUCUUCUGACGGCGUCACUGGGCAGCUGGCGCUCAGCUCUGCGGCCCUCUUCUGACCGCGUCACUGGGCAGGACUCUUUUCCAUUCUGCUGCUGUCUGUUGUCCCGUGUCUUUCUUUUUUUUCCCUGUGAUUUGCCACAUCGAGGAAGCAUCACCUAAAGUCACGACGAUUUCCUUCCCUGUCUCCUCCCAAGCCCAUUUUGAGCUGGUUGUCAUGUGUGGUGCCCCGUGAGGUCCUGCGGUGUCCCUCUGCCCGAGGACUUCCAGCCACCCCACUGAGCUGCUUGGCAGUGUGUUCAGAGGCCAGCUGACUGUAAGGGCAGGUUUGCCUGUGGACACACAGCUCUGCCCUGUUGGUCUGCAUGUCCCCUCGUGCCUGCACACCCGUCUUGAUCACGGCGCCUGUGGACUCAGUGCUGAAUUGGGAAGCAACUCUCCGCCUUUGUUCUUUUUCAAGAUUAAUAGCCUGUUCUGGGUCCCUGGCGUUUCCAGCACAUCCUGAGAGGUAUGGAAGCUUCCUCUGAGCUUCUUAGCAAGUCUGUUACAGAAUUAGGGGCCACAGCCUGUCUAGUACCACAGGUAACAUCUGGGGUCUCUACUGAGUCUCGGCACGGACAGGCGCUCCACAGAUGUGCAUAGCCAUGAGGAUUUGUGUGCAUGUGUAUCACUCGGGAGGGGGCUCCAGCAGCUGUCGCUCAAGGAAUAGGAGAAACUGGCGAGGGGUGGCCGCCAGGCGGAGUCCUGUAGAGAGUGGCCUCAGCCUAGCCUGCUGCGGCCUCUGGGUGUGGAUGUGAUGCAGAGGUGGCCUGCUCUGGGGACCUGGUUGUCCUCAGCCCUACGCUGACCAGCCACUUGUUAGGGGCCCUCCAGCCCUGUGUGUGUUGGCAAAGGACUCUCCAGCUGGCCAGUGAAGAAGGCACAGGUGUGGGCACUCAGGAGAGGCCCUGCGGAACCUGCCAGGAAGACGCUGCACAGGCUGCUGUCAAGUGUGCCUGGAGCCUCCUGAGAGGAGUGCUGUGUAGACAGGGCUCCUGGUGGCUGAGUGUUUGCAACAGCCCACCGUCACCACUCGGAGCCACCGGUUCUAGGAGCCUUCGGGGAGCAUCUCCUUGGGCUCCUGGGGCCCUCUCUCCCCCGGAGAGCUUGGGUGUGCAGGUCCAGUGGGUGGGCCCCACCUCGCCUGUGGUCCCCGCCCCCACCCCUGCCCCCACAGGGUCUGCACUCAGGGCAGCGCGGCUGGCCCUGUUCCCGCGCCCUGGUUCUUCCCCCGGUCAUGCCUCCCUCAGUGUCAGCAUCUUGCUGGUUCCCUCCUGCCCCACACCACACCUUAGACCUCGCCCAGAGGGGCCUGACCUCUGUGUGCGUGACUUUCUCAGAGCAGACUUGGUGCACCUGGGCACUUGUCAUCAAAAUGAGGCUGGGGGUGCAACACAGCAAGGUGCCUGGACUUCCCGGGGCAGAAGCCCACCCCUUCUUGAUGAUGAAGGUCAGUCCCCUGUCAGGAUGGUGCCUCCUCUGGGAGCCACCCCAGUUGCCCGCCCGGUGCUCUGAGGCACAGCACUUCACAGAGAGGAGAGGGCUCUAGAGAUCUGCAGAGCAACCCCGGCCUUCAGCCCAGCAGUCUGCACCUGCUGCACAUACUGGCUGAGGAACCCCCUGAGACUGGCAGAGACCCCGGGGGGACUGGGCUGAGCAACUGCAGGGCUCACGCGUACCACCCAGGUGUCCAGCCACGCGCUCAGAAGACGUUGCUCAGGACUGGGGAAGAUGAGCUGCUUCCCAGACUCCGAGACACCUGCCACAGUGCCUGCUUCUCUCCUGCUGCAAGGAGGACUAGCAGUGACACCCUAAGGACCGCAUCACUGGGUCCCUAAGAGUAGUGGUAAUGGGACAUGCUCCUACAUGUCAGAGAACUUGUCUCCCACGCUCUGGGGCACUGACUGACAA